GUUUUGUUCUUGAUUGAUUUGAUUCUUCCGUUGAAUUUUCUUCCCAAUUUUGUCUCUAGAAUCUAGAAUUGGCAAUUGUUUAUGGGUAUCGCUGCGGAAUAUUUGUUGCGAUGUUCGUACGGAUUAAGGAAAAAAAAAAACAAGAAGGGGGAAGAAAGAAUCAGGGGCUGGUUGUUGGAGCCUGCGCCACCACCAUUUUUAACUGCGAAAUUCGUUGCCGAUAUGAUUCUUUUUUCGUCUCUUUUGUUUCUCGAUGGAGCCGCCGAUUUGGAUGUCUCACCAACAUUUGGAUAAUUUUUAUUCUUCAGUGCGUCGGCCUUUUGGGGGGAACUAUUGGGGCUCGCAAUUUGGGAUUUCUUAUCCUUCUUUUUUUCUUCACUCAGCUCUGAUCCAGCAGGCGGCGGCGGCGGCGGCGGAGGAGAGGCAGCAGCAAUGGCGACGUCCAAGAAGGAUCCUCCGAGCAGGGACAGGGCUGCCAGGAUGUCGCCGAACCUCAAGCGAUCGUCAGGCAUUGAGGCCUCCUCUGCCGCCGGCUAUGGCCCGCGGAGGGCCCGGUCGGUCCCGAGCUCGCCGGACCGCAAGUUUGGCGCGGCGGCGGCGGCACCAGCGGCCGCCUCCGGCUCCCCGGACGUUUACAGGCCGUCGCUGUCUGCCGCUGGCCGGUCCACCUCGGCACGGUCUGUGUCCGGCAGCAGCAGAACCCAGCCAUUCCCAAAGCCCACUCUCGCCAGAGUGAAGUCUGAAAGGGCCACCACCGCCGCCGCAGCCUCGCCACGGCCUCCAGCGCUGGCACCGCCAGCGAGCAAUUCGCUCAAGGACAUGGCCAGGACAGCACCAUCAGCGUCUUCGAAAGCGCCAUCCACCUUGCAGAAGAGCAAACUGUCUCCAAGGCCUAGCCCUGACAAGGCGGUGGCAUCUCUGAAGCCGAUCACCCAGAGAUCGCCGGCUUCAGUGACUGCAAGAGGUGGAAGGACUACAGUAGUGUCGUCAUCACGUGUACCGGGCAACAUCGCUGCAAAGAAAAGAGCAGAAUCUGCAAAUGGUGGUAGUGCAAGCUCAAAGGCAAGAAGUGGUGCUCCUCAGAGGGCAAUGGCGGCAUCUGCAACCUCCAAGGAGGAGAAGGAAGAUGAACCAUCAAUGCAAUUCGAGGAAUCUGAGAGCAUCAGUACCCCGUCCAUUGAAGACCACUUACACGAGCAGCUUCCCGAUCCGGUUGAUCUGAAACCCUUGGACAUGUCUGCUUCUGAUUCAGCUCUAUAUGGUCAGCAGGCACCAUCGUCUGACAUUCCAGAGCAACAAAGCAAGAAUGAAGAAGUUAAGGAGAGCUUCUCUGAAGAUAAAGAUGUUGUGGUAGGCAAUGAGCUGCAUAAUGGAGGCCAAGGUGCUGAUGACAUUGCAAAGAACAUAACAGGCAUUGUCAAGGCUGAUGAUCAAUCCCAGCUUGCAGAGAAGGAAGAGGCGAGAGCGAAAGUGGACAAGGUUUGGAGAAAAGAUGAACCGAAGAGCAACGAUGUGAUUGAGGAAACCAAAAGCAAACUCCUUGAGGAGAGGAAGAGCAGGGUGAAGGCUCUGGUAGGCGCGUUCGAGACCGUCAUGUCCUUCAAGGAAUAGUGCUCAGCCUACAAUGCCCAUGCCCAUCUCAGGAUGAGUUACUCCUGCCAUGAAAAUAUAUCCAAUCACGAGUUAUGUUCAUAUGAUGAGUUCCUUGGUUCAUUGUAUUCGAUGUGGUAAUUUUUUUUCCCUCAAUGGUCAUUGCAUUUGAAUGUGGUUGUUGCUGCUGCUGUUCAUGUAGAAAUUGAAUGAAAUGUUGAUUCUUGUUGAUUGGGAGGGGAAUUUGAUUUUGUUACUCAUGCUUUGCAA